AUGAAGCCCAGGAUCCGAUUACGGGGCUUCCUCCUUUCUCAACAUGCGCACCCUGUGGCCUUGCGGCCAUUCGUUCGGUCGCAGCGACGCCAUGCCAGUUCCUCGCCCGGACCUCCAACUUCUUCCUCCCAACCUCGGUGGCUGCGACUGACCUUGAUAACGGCCACCGCUGUCGGCAUUGGUGCAUAUAUCAGAUGGACACAGGAAUCUAAGUCUGGCUCGACCACUUUGAAUCCCGCUAGCUUUACACCAUACUGUUUAGUGUCCCGAGAACCCGUAUCGUCGACUGGCAGCUUAUUUACACUUAAACCUCCAAGGCCAGAUGGGAGCAAUCUCGAGGUAUACGAUGGUGCUUGGAAGACUGGGAUCUGGAGUGUCAUGUUUAAGCAGCCACAACUCCAGAUAGGUAGAGACUAUACACCUCUGCCUUCAACGUCGUCAGACGGGGACGAUGAGUGCUUGCGGUUUUUUAUCCGUAAAGAUCGGUUUGGCGAAGUCUCGCGAUACUUGCAUAGCCUUAAGAUAGGCUCGGCGGUUGAAGUGCGAGGACCCCGAAUUGAGUGCGAGAUCCCAUCGGAUACACAAACAAUACUCUUUAUUGCUGGCGGGACGGGGAUCGCACCGGCUCUCCAAGCAGGCCAUACCCUUCUUCGCCGCACUGAUCAAACAAACAGACCCCGGAUACACAUUCUCUGGGCAAAUCGGCGGCUAGAAGACUGUACGGGUGGAUUCAGUGACACUAUGGACACCGCUGCCAAACCACAAACGUCAUGGUUUUCCCGAAUCUUCAGAUCCCCCAAACCGGUUAUUACGCCUGCCCCAAAUGAGGUGCAAGACAAAACGAAAACUUCUAUAAUCGUCCGGGAACUUGAGGCUCUGAAGGCACAGUAUCCUGAGCAAUUUACUGUCGAGUACUUCGUCGAUGAAGAAAACAAGUUCAUUGGCAAAAAGUCCAUAUUGGAUUUCGCUCAGAUGGCCACGGCUUCGUCCGAAGUACGCAAGCAUAAUUUGAUUCUCGUAUCGGGUCCAGAAGGGUUCAUCAGCUACAUGGCUGGACCAAAGCUCUGGGCACAAGGUAUGGAGCUGCAGGGCCCCCUUCAAGGAGUUAUAAAAGAGCUUGGCCUUAAGGACUGGGCCGUGUGGAAGCUUUGA